CACACAAAUUAAAACAUUUUUGCUUCUAGUAAAGAUAAACAAAUGAAAUAAGUUUGAACAAUAGGCAAAUAAGUUUAAAUAAUAGGCAAAUAUGUUGAAAUUAAUGCCCACAUUUAAUUUUAACUCUCAACCCAAAACUAAAUGUGGAGAAAUAUUCUGCCACAACACCAACGACUUUACCGUCUACUGUACAUUUUGCGAAAUGAAAUCAUUUUCCUUUGAGGAUUUUCUAAGACAUCUUAAAACUUUACAUUUUGCCAGUGAAGUGUGUAAAAAUGAAAGCACAACAUAUUGCAACACCAAAUUGGAAGCUGAAGAGGACAAAAUAUACGAUACUUUAAUAAAAUCAUAUGAUGAUAAAGACCAGACAGAUUUCGAAAAUACUUCUGCUCUAGAUGAUAGAGAUUUUGAUGAUGAUGAUGCUGAUUGCUGUGAUAAUGAUAGUUACGAUGAACCUUUGGUAGUAUUAAAGAAAAAACUUGUUAAGCAAAGAAGCAAAAGGCGUAAGACUAAAACGGAAAACAAAAGUGACCAAAGCGAAGAAGAUGUUUGUAGAGAUUUUUAUUCUGAUGAGGAGUUUAAGCCUAGGUUAAUUGAAAAUGCUGCUGUUCAUAGCUGCCCUCAAUGUGGUCAAUCCUUUAAAACUGCCGGCCUUUUACGCAGCCACCUCAAUCGUACGCACGAUGAUAAAUCCUCGGAAAACUCUCUUAAAAAGGAAGGCAAGCAAAUACCGUGUAAUGAAUGUGAUCAAAUAUUUCCCAGUAAAAAAUCUCUCUACGGACAUAUAGUAGACUAUCACAUGGGAUUUAAGUGUAACAUGUGCGACAAACGUUUCAAACAGUUGCAACAACGUGAUCGUCAUGAAUUUUGCCAUACCGCAGCUCGUGUCUUCUCUUGCCAUAUCGAGGGUUGCGACAAAAGCUUUACCCACAAAUAUUAUUUACAGCGCCACCUGGACAGUCAUAAUAAAGAGCGUAAAUUUGUAUGUGAUUUUGAGAAUUGCAGUAAAGCUUUUCACACUUUGCGUUGUUUGAAAGCGCACAAAAAUCGUCAUACUAAACCGAAAAAUCUAAUAUGUGAUACUUGUGGCUAUACCUGUCGCGAAUACGAUCGUUUGCGUAUACAUCAACGGGUACAUACGGGAGAGAAACCUUAUGGUUGUCAAGAGUGCGGUAAAAGAUUUACUAGUAAUGCAGCACUUUUGGAACACACAGCCUCACAUACCGGUAUACGUUCACAUGUCUGUAAUCAGUGUAAUGCAACAUUUACACGCCAGAAAUCGCUACAUCAACAUCGACUGAAAUGUACUGCUAGUACGGUGACUGCAACGUGAACUGUUCGGAAAAGAAGUGACAAAAAAACAUUCCAUAAGAAUUUUAGGUGUACGAAAAUGAUCUUUAAAGGAUUCUAGCACGGAUUGAAGGAAGCUACUUAAGAAUCGUUUCCAGCAGGAGUAUAACGUAUAACAAAAAUUGGCUUAUUGAUAUCGUAUAGCCAAGGCGAAAAGGAAAAAAAGGCGUUUAAAUAACUACUCCUUUGAACACUCUUUGAAAAUGUUCUUGGGAGUCAGUAAAAUUACACUUUUCCAGAGUGAUAACCAUGAAAAGUUAUCAAUAAUACAUUUAUUGAGUUAAUCUACAAGAUAUAUAUUUAAAUAAAUUCUAAUUAC